CUACUCCUAGGGCAGAUAACUCGAACCAUCCCCUGUGCCAAUUGAACUGCAGCCACCUCAUUCAUUCUCUCUCAAAUUCGUUAUCUUCUUCUACAGUGUUCAGGCGUUCAAGCUUCCACCGAUGUAAGAGACCAAUCCAUUACGACAGUAGUCCGAAGUGUCAUUCAUAUACCCAGCAAUGGUCUUUCGUCGCAUGGGUCAUUUUUCACCAUGUCUUUCUAAAACCUCACUCUUCUUCUCUCUUCUCACUAAAACCCCUUAUCCAUUUCAUCUUCCCCAUACUAUCCACUUCUUCAAACCAAUUCAUACCAAAUUCCCACAUACAGAUCCCUUUUCCAUCAACCAAAAGACCCAUCUCUGCACUUCCGCUGCUUUCCUCCAACAACCCACUAGUAAAACCUUUUCCAAUAGCAGGUCCGCGAAGAAAGCCCGGCGUGACGCGCCUGAAAGUGUGCUGCGCCAUAAGCUAGACCAGUGUUCAAAACACGGUGACUUACAGGAAGCCCUUCGCCUUUAUGAAGAAGCUAAGUUAAGCAACAUUUCACUCAAUGUUCAUCAUUAUAAUGUGUUGCUUUAUCUUUGUUCUGCUUCUUGUACCAAGGAAUUUGGUAUUGAAAAAGGAUUUGAGAUUUUCAAACAGAUGGGUGUAAAUGGUGUUGCUCCUAAUGAGGCCACAUUCACUAGUGCUGCUAGAUUGGCGGUUGCUAAGCAAGACCCAGAAAUGGCUUUUGAUAUAGUGAAGAAAAUGAAGAGUUUUGGUGUUCCUCCGAAGUUAAGAUCUUAUGGGCCAGCAUUGUUUGGGUUUUGUGAGAAGGGAAUAGCUGAUAAGGCUUAUGAAGUUGACGUACAUAUGGGGGAAUCAGGGGUUGUGGCUGAGGAAGCAGAGCUUUCUGCAUUGUUAAAAGUUAGUUCUUUGUCCGAAAGGGCUGAUAAAGUAUAUGAGACGAUGCAUAGAUUAAGGGCAAGUGUAAGGCAGGUGUGUGAAGAGACUGCUGGUGUGAUAGAGGAAUGGUUUAACUCUGAAUUUGCUGCAGAGGUUGGGGUGGAGAAUUGGGAUGUUGGGAAAGUGAAGGAAGGUGUUGUGAAAGGAGGGGGUGGUUGGCAUGGACAAGGCUGGUUGGGAAAGGGAAAUUGGUCCGUGGUGAGAGCCGAGAUGGAUAGCUCUGGAGUUUGUCGUUCGUGUGGUGAAAAGCUUGUGUGCAUUGACAUUGAUCCCAAGGAGACAGAGAACUUUGCUAAUUCCUUGGCAAAAUUGGCUUGUGAAAGAGAAGUUAAGUCUAAUUUUGUGCAAUUUCAGGAGUGGCUACAGAAGCACGGUCCAUUCGAUGCUGUGGUGGAUGGUGCAAAUGUUGGCCUUAUUACUCAACGAAGUUUUAAUUUCUCUCAGCUCAGAAAUGUUGUCAAUAAAUUAAGACAGAUGAGUAAAUCAAACAAACUUCCGCUAGUUAUUUUGCACAAAAGUCGUGCAACUGGUGGUCCUGCUCAACAUCCUAAUAACAAGAAGUUGUUAGAAAGCUGGAAAAAAGCGGGUGCACUUUAUGCCACUCCACAUGGUUCAAAUGAUGAUUGGUACUGGUUAUACGCUGCUGUCAGUUCUAAAGGUUUGCUUUUGACAAAUGAUGAGAUGAGAGACCACUUGUUCCAACUGUUGGGCACUAGCUUUUUCCCCAGAUGGAAGGAAAAACAUCAGAUCCGGAUGACAGCUUCAAGAGAUGACGGACUUAAGCUCCAUAUGCCGCCACCUUAUUCAAUUGUUAUUCAGGAGUCCCAGCAUGGUUGUUGGCAUGUGCCAACUGUUAUUGGAGAUGACAUUGAGACGCCAAGACAGUGGGUAUGUGCUACCAGGAGAAAAGCACACUCUCUCUUCCGACGAACUGGGGAAUCAAAUCAUUAAUAUAUAAAUUGAUUGACUCCGAGGGAGCCAUGGAAUGCAUCUUGUGAAAGUUGCACUUGGAGAGACCUUCAUUUUGAUUCUUUUUCAUGUCAACCACAGGAAAAGAUAGAUUAGCUUGUAUGCCUCAGUAGAUGAUAUUGGUAGUGCUGAUGAUAUCGGUAGCAGAGGCGGGUCCAAGAUUUAGAUCCUAUGGGUUCAACUUUUAAGAUUUUUAACAUUGAACCCAUUAUAAUUUUAAAAUUGUGGGUUCAUAUCUAUUAUUUAUAUUAAUAUUAAUAAAUUUUACAUAUAAAUUUAUGGUCCGCACCGAAAGUUAUGGGUUCAAUUGAACCUGUACUUAUAUUGCUAUAUUCGCCUCUGAUUGGUAGUACUGCAGUUUCAGGAUAUAGGUUACAUGACUGGUGAAUAUAUCAC